CCCUGCUUCUUCCUCUUCCUCUCUCUGGCGAAGUUUUAAAUCACCAAUCUCCACUCCGUCAACUAAGUCUCGAGUGGAUUUGUUGGCUCCGAUGAUGUAAUCAUCCUUAAAUUUCUUCCGGAUGUCCUGCCCUGCAACUUUUAAGAAAUCCAUAAUUCACUUAGAACCUUAAUUUGUCACACAGAGCCGGAAAUGAAGUGCAGCAUGGAGACUUCCCGGCAGGCAAGUCCGACCCCUCGUUCAGAGCGUGGAACUGAGAGAGGGAGCCAAAUUCUACCAGAAUCGGAGUGUUUCAAGGAAGAAAUCGACGAAAAGGGCGAGAGGGCGACAUUUUUGUCAAAAUUUGAUAUAGUGCAGGCGAUGAAUCCUGGCAAAUCUCCAGCCGCCGCGCCUUCCCGCUCAUAUGCAUCGCUGCUGCGCGUCACCAUAUGCGUUUACUGAAUAGAAAGCCCCGUUCCCGCUCCUCAGCUGUCGGAAGAGUAAGAGACGAGUGGGUAUUGACCAUUCAUAUCUUGACCAUUCAUCGUCCCUCCUCUCUCCCUUAGGUAGAAUUGCCCAGAGACGGAAUAAGAAUCGCCUCGAUUGGAGUGACAGGAAGAGGAGGACUCGAUCAGGUGGGAUGUGGUAACCGAUUAGGGAUGCGAGGAGAGGAGUGGAGGUGAAGAGGCAGCAGUUGUUCCAGCGUCGGAAUCCUUUGACAAAGAAGGGGAGAGCUGAGCGGAGUUUCCGGCGGCUCGGGAAGCAAAGGAGAGGAUUUGCCGAGGAGGAGGGUUUUGGUGGUGGCGGAGGUUUCAAUUUCCAAUUUAUUCAUUUUAAUUAUUUUAUAAUCAAAAGGGAAAAUAAAAAGAUAAUAAUAAAAGUUCCAGGUCAGA